GUAAAGCGAUUAAAGUGCUGCAACUGUAAAAAAGCAUGUUUUAAACGUGAAUUAAUUAACCAGCCGUGGACGUAAUAAGCUUACAAAGCAUUCACAGCGCAUUAUCUACCAGCUGUGUAUUGGUACCAGCAGCUGUUUCGUUUCCCCAGUCUCCCUUCACAAACGGGAGAAAACAGGCAAUGUAGUUCAGAAGCUCCGUACCUCAUUCAUGUAACGGAAACAAUCUCGUCCUUCCUAAAGUAAAGAAACACACGGCUGUGAAAUGUUUUGCUGUCUGAAGAGUUGCCUCAACGGUGUGCUGCCGGCACAGUCCGUACACAUCACGAAAACUGCUAACCCAGUGCAACUGGACUCGUCACAUAUGGGUCAUGAAGUGGUUAUAAUAAAAAACGGAUUGCGAGCCUGCGGAACUGGCGGUGUACUAGCGAAUGCACCGCUCGUCCAGUCCAAAUCAUACUUCGAGGUGAAGCUACAGCAAUCGGGCCACUGGUCAAUCGGUCUCGCUACCCAGCAGACGGACCUGAAUCAAUCGGUCGGUGGAAAGGACCGGGAAUCGUGGUGUCUCAACUCGAACCAUCUAGUGCUGCACGGUGGCGAUGUUAUCUACCGCCUGGAUGCCAGCAAGAGCGCUGGUGUACCGAACGGGGGACAAAACUCACCCGGUCACAGCGUCACCUCCGGCGGCACGGUACCAGUCGAUCUAGCACCCGUUUCAGCACCAGCAUUUCCUGCACCCGGCAGUGCCUCCGGUCCAGAUAGUGGGUUACCACAGGAAGGGGACACGAUAGGCGUCGCGUACGACCAUGUCGAGCUAAAUUUCUACCUGAACGGGAAGAACCUGAACGUGCCGGUGCUGAACGUGCGUGGAACCGUCCAUCCCUGUCUGUUCGUCGACGACGGUGCAAUCCUUGACAUUGUGCUGGACAAUUUUGCGUAUGGUCCGCCGCCCGGGUUCGAGCGCAUCCUGGUCGAACAGUCGUUGCUUUGAUUUCUCACAUCUACGUGCUGUUGCUUUUGUUAAGUUUAAGCCGCUCUCGUUGAAAUCAAAUGAUUAUUGUGACUAAUCUCUACUAAACACUCUCCGCACGCCACCGCUCCGCUCGCUUUUAUAUCUCUAUCUAUCUCUUAAUCUAUCGUUAUAAAUUGUCUUACUUCCCGUCCCAAUUUGCUUUUGUGGGUUACAUCGGAUACAAUAUCGUUAUUAGAGCAUGUAUGGUAAUGAACCAAGAGCCAAGGGAAUCGUUUGGAUCACAAAAGUAGUCACACUGGACCAUGUGUCUCCCAUACGCAGACCAAACUCUACAGCUGAAGAAUGAAGGUAUACAGCGAGACAAGUGAACGAGAGAAGAAGCAAACUGAUUGACUCCAUACAACAAAACGGCAUAAACUAAUCCAUCGUCUUUCACACACAGACUCAGCGGACAGGGACUAAUAGAAGGUAUAAUCUUAUUAACUAUCUUCAAUUCUUCUGUGUUUCUAUCUUCAUUAUAUUAAAAUCGAACAAUGUUAUGAUCACGUUACAUUGCUUUCCAAUACUUUAUCUCUUCCCAACCUAAGCGUAUCAUUUAUUAAUGUGCGAGGUUUUCCUACCCUUGUUUCUCAUAACAAACCAUAAAACGCUUUGUACUGAUCUAGGUAUUUACGCAAAACGAUUGUAUAAUAUUGAACCAAUUGAUAA